AUGUUGAUAAGGACUGGCGGUGCGUUCAUCAGAUUAUCAGACUUGCUUCUGCCGGUACCGAGUGAAGUACGAUUCUUCACCUACAUGAUGGCAUGUCGAACUUUGGAAAGAAAGAUCUCUGGUGGUUUCGGAACUCUUUGCUCUCCUCGUACAGUCGUGAAGAUGUUUUACAAGCUGUUAAUAUUCGUCGUCGAUGUUAUCCAUGACGGUACUUUCCCGGAAACCGAUAAACGAAGCGAAGAGCUUCCAGUCGAUGAUGGUUCUGAGAGUUCGCUUUGUGAACUUCGCGGUUUUCUCUUCUCUCCUUGUGAAGGAAAAUCUUCCUCGGAGGAGGCGAUGGUCCGAUCCCAUAAUGAACUUUGGCACAACAGCGACGUCCGUCAGGCAGAACCUUUACUGAUGAUGAUGUGGUGUAUUUCAUUACGGUGUCUUCCACCGGGGAACUCCCACGUUCAGAUCUUAUAUGAUGAUCUUCUCUGCAGAACUUCUUCAGGCCCAUAUAGAAAGCUUUAUCGUCUUUCUCAUCGUAGCCUGAUGUUGGAGCGUGAACGACGAAGAUUGGCAAAGAUGGAGUUGAACCACAUCUUCUCAUCCGUAAACGUCCAACUCGGUUCGUUGGUUGUUUGA